CUCCACAUGGGAGGAACUAAUAAACAAGAGUGAAGAACAAGAAAGAAAAAUGUUUGGGAGCAUCACAGCUUCUUUAUCUACACCUACACAUGGAUUCAGCAGCACCUAAGAAAUAUGUGCUAAAAUGCAAAUGUUAAAAACGUUGCUUCAAGGAUUUUCCUCAGUGUGCGGUCAGAUUAGUCGAACAGAACUGUCUGAACUUGUAAAAACAUGUUCAGAUGUUCUUUCUCUGUGAUACAAUUCAGGUUAUGACAUCUUGCUGGUUUCUUCAACCAAGAGGAGAAGUUAAAUAUGUAUUAUCAAUCAAUAAGUGACAACCUCUAUAUUUCACAGUUUACUUAAAGCAGGAUGCAGAGGCGACCUGUUGCAUAAGUUGCAUGCCACGGUCCCAAAAAGCCUGCAGAUUCUGUGGGGAAGGCCUGCAGCAUGUGUUUCAUAUUAGUUCUCAAGAGUUCAAACAAGCCGAGUGACACUGACAACGAAAUCCGUGUCUUUCUGAAGUGAGACUAUUUGUUCUCUGACAAAAGUUUAAGGGCAUGCAAAUCUGGAUGGAGCAGGAAUCGUGGUGGACCUCCCAUCCUGCUGCUCGCUCCUGAAAGUCGAGACGUGGCCACGCCCCCUGCGACGCUCCGGUUUCAGCCAAUGAGAGGGCACGUUUUCUCCUACGUCACUGAGGUCAAGGGGUACGGCAAUGGACGCACCUCGGAUGUAAACAGUUGGAGGACAGAUAUGAGGCUUUUAUCUAAGGCAGUGCAGUCUGCUGUGGGUCAGAGUGAGAGGAGCCGCAGACACUUCUGGGGCUGGCUCAAUGCAGUCUUCAACAAGGUGGACUACGAAAGGAUCAAAGCUGUUGGUCCGGACCGAGCUGCAGCAGAGUGGCUGCUGAGAUGCGGUGCCAAAGUUAGGUUUCAAGGUUUCGAUCGCUGGCAGCACGACUACAACGGACUGCCAACUGGCCCUCUGGGCAGAUACAAGAUCCAGGCGAUAGACGCCACCGAAUCCUGCAUCAUGUUCAGAGGGUUUGACCACCUGGAUGGUUUGGAGCACUUGGAGGAAAUCAAGUUCUGCAAGUGUAUCUACAUCGAGGACACCUGUCUGGAGAGGCUGAGCUCCAUCGAGAACCUGCAGGGGAGUUUGCACAUGAUGGAGGUGGUGUCGUGUGGAAAUAUCACCGAUAAAGGAAUCAUCGCUCUGCACAAACUCAAGAACAUGGAGUAUCUGUUUCUCAGUGAUCUUCCCGGCAUCAAAGACAAACAAACAACAGUGGACAGACUACAGACGGCGCUCCCACGUCUGGAGAUAUCCCUGGACCUGGACUGAUUGAGAAACAGCUUCCUGUUGUAAUAGUAAAAUAUAAAUGCCUUUUUUUUAAAAGGUUUUCAAAGUGAAAGACCCAAAAGCUGAAGGGUUUGCAUCACCAAACAUUUAGAUCCUUCAGCUACAAGUGUUUUUUCAAGUGAAUCAUUAAGUCGUGUGGAGAACAGGAGCAUGGGAAAAUAUUCAGGUGGAUGUGUCACCUUUCAGCUUGAAGUUUAAUGAAGCUUUAAAGGGAUAAUUCAGAACUGUAUGAGGUUGUAUGAGGUAGUUAUUCAUAGUCGUUUUAUGUCUUCAGUAGAUUGUGGUCUGCACUCCCCCAGUUGGGUGAAGCAGGCAGGACAACUGACUCAGCAGAUAAGCAAUGUACUGAUGUGGACUGGGACAGCAGAAAGACAUAUUUUAGCCUCCUAAAAGAUCAGUAUCAGUGUGUAAGAGUACGCCUUAUUUACAAUAUUUUUCACUGUUAAGCCUUGCCGUCAAUAAGUCCUUUCUGAAAAGAAUCUAUGCUCUCUUCAAAGCCACCAGACUCCAUUGACAAAAACACUAAUUUAACCUUGCAGAACACAGGAGUUGCUGGUCAACUGCUGCCUUGAUCAUUUAGUUUGUUUGUGUUAUUGUGCGAGUGUGGUGUCUUACAGGGUUAGUUCAGUUUCACCAGAAUCACACAAUAACACAAGCAAACUACAUGAUGGAGGCAGUGGUAGACCAGCAACUCCUGUGUUCUGCAAAGUAAAAUUACUGUUUUUGUCAAUCGAGUUUGGUGGCUUUAAAGAGAGCACAGACAGCGGCUUUAGUUCCCCACAUAAACUUAAACAGGGCAGUCUGACAGCAAGGUAAAGAGGUGAAAAUAUUCUAAAUAUAGCUUUUUUUUAGGUGGCUGAGGCUGCAUCUAGCAUUUUUUUCAGAGCACUUAAAGUUGAAAAUCUCUGAACUUUUCAGAUGUGCUACUGGUGUCGUCAUGGUAACUCCUUUUCAGAGCAAUAUCACAAAAAAGACAGAAAAUCCUGUUGGUGGUAGCAGAGGGAUCAUAAACGGACUCUGGAUGAGUACCUCAUACAACCUUUCUCUAAAAAAGUACAAACUAUGCCUUUAAAAAAACAAUCCAGCAAAGAGGGGGGGUAAAUGAAGCACUUUAAAUUGUUGACACAAGUUUUUGUUGAUAUGUUGAUCUAUUCUGUUUAUUAUAUUCUCAAUAUUGAAGGUAUUAAAGGUUAUUUCAUAUAUACAAAGAGAAAAAAACAAUGUGUGAAAAUUAAAAGGAUACAAGAGUCUUUAAAACCACUUCUCUUUAGAUUAAUUUGGCAUUUGUUCAGUAUCUGAGGACAGACAGAUGGCUGUGAACAUCCUUAGCACCAAAGUUCCACAGAUAAUGAGUACAAUGUGUGUUUUGUUGCUGCUUCAUGCUAGUAAAUGUGGGUUAAAGGAAUAUUCACUCCUGACUUCAAUAAAUAGUUUCAGAAAUG